GCCACUCAGUGGGCGGAGCCGCAGUCACUUACUAGCUCUCGCGGUACUUUAGCUAGGGCUGUUCGAUUCCGAAAAUUUUGGAAUAGAUUCCGAUUCCUGGUUGUGGAAUCGAUGGGAUUCCAAGAAUCGAUUCCUCACUGUCAGUGGCGGUUCUAGACAAAUUUUACUAGGGGGGCCAAGAAGGGGCCAGUGUUUAACCAGAGGGGCACAUUAAAAAAUGACAACAAAUGAUAUUUAAAGAUUAUAAACUUUAUUUUACUUUAAAAUCAUACAAACAUUUAUUAUGUACAAGAGUGAGUGCAGGUGCAAAAGUAGAAAAAAAUGAUAAAUACAGUACAGUACACAUUAGUUCAUGCACUGUGAACUAACAUGAACAGCUGUAUAUUUUUAUUAACUAACGUUAACAAAGAUUAACAAAUACAGUAACAAAUGUAAAAGUGUUACCAAGCUUUUAAACAUCUCGAAACCAGCCAUUUACAAACUUGAUUUCAUUAUCAGUGUGAAAAACAAAAGUAACACGGUUAUGUGCAAGAACAAGAAGUCACUCACGAGAUGAAAUUGUUUCGCUUACCUUCGACUCUUGCAACAGGAGAAAUUAAUCGUAGCUCCUCUAUCCAAGAGUAGUUAGUUGUUGCUGCGCUCUCAUUCACCGAGCAGCGCCGCAGUGUUUCGGUGCGCCGCUCUAAUUUACCCGUGUAGAACGAUGCGUCGCAUUAGUUCCGCUUUUGGCGCUCGUGUGUAAAAUCUUAAUAAAUUCAUAAUUGUUUUAUUUGGUCAGCACGGGGGGGGCAACAGAGGUGGCCAGGUACAUGUCUACAGAGGCACGGGCCUCCCUAGGCCUCCAUGUAGAACUCCAUGUAGUCACUUAUCUGUGCUCUCGGUGAUUUGAAUGGGGGAGUCGAUUCUCCCUGACGGACUCUCGAUUCCCAAGGCCGCGGAAUCGAUUCUUUUUGGAAUCGAUUCCCAGCCCUAACUCUGCUCAGCACUGCUUCCUUCAAGUCCGAGACGUCUAUUCUGAUAUUCCUGUGUUUUAACAGAAUUUUCUCCAAAUGAACUUAAACGCUCUUUACAUCAAUCAACUGCCUGCAGAGCUGUUUUAAGUGGAGACUGAUGUUUGAUGUGAUAUUGAAAGAGAUUUAAUCUCUAGUAAUCAGAAUGUUCCACCAAAUGACCUGAAAACAACGUAAGCAGCUGAUGAGGAAAUCAAAUGGGCUUGAACAGUUGAACUGAACCUCAGCAUAUACAGAUUUCACUGUAGUCAGCUUCUUUCUCCACUCCCUGUGAACAACUCAAGUUUGAACAUAAAGAGCUUGUUAGCAUCACUAGGUGGAGAGAAAACCAAUGUAUCUAUGACUAAAAAUCCAGUACUUCAUCUAAUGUGUUGAAGACACCAUAACAGAGCUUAUGAAGUCUGGAGAUGAAACGUUUGGCUCUGCUUUCAGUUAAACCUCUCCUGCACUUUAUGUGAACAUGAUCAUUUUAGAGAUUGUGUUAUUCAUUGCUGCUACUUUUAACUUUGAACUGUGUUUCAGUGCGUGUGCUCGUGCUGAAUAUGAGAUAAAUGGAGAAUGUUGCCCUAUGUGUGCACCAGGAAACCAUGUUUAUUGGCAUUGCACUGUAGAUACAAGCACAACUUGUGUUCCAUGCCCUGCAUCAACUUACACUGAUGAACCCAAUGGGUUGGAUAAAUGCUUUCCGUGCUCAGUGUGUGGUGCAGGACUACAUCUAAGAAAAAAGAAAACUUGCACACGCUUGGCAGAUACUAUUUGUGAGCCUCUGGAGGGAUUCUACUGCAUUGACCGAGAGAAAGACAGCUGUAGAUUUGCUGUGAAACACUCUGAAUGUCACCCUGGACAAUAUGUGAAACAAACAGGAACAGCAUUUAGUGACACUGUAUGUGGUAACUGCACAGUAGGGACUUACUCUAAUGGCUCUUUUACUGCCUGUCUACCAUAUUCAAAUUGUGAGAUUAAAGGCCUUACAGAAAUAAAGCCAGGAACAAUGUCAUCUGAUGUGGAAUGUGGAAAGUCAGUUCCAAUUGGUAUGAUUGUUGGAGUCAUUGUUGGACUUGCUGUUGCUUUGGCGACUGCUGUUGGGAUAAAAAUAUAUUGCAAAUUUAAACAUAAGAAACAGGAUUCUGACAGAAGUAUAAAUUACUCAGUACCAAUACCAGUGAGUGAUGAUCAAUGUGAACCUACAUCACCAGACUCAGUGUCCCCUCUUAUAUUCAACACUAGUAGCUCUUUACAUCAAUCAGAUGCCUGUUCUGUUUCAAAUGGAGACAUGCAAUGUGUGACCUGAUAUUGAAAAUAAUUUAAUAUUGGUCUUAAGGAAUUCAAAUAUUGUACCAAAGAACCUGAAGAUUCCAUAACCAGCUGACGAGUAAAUCUUAAGGCUUCAUGUUAAUUACCGUUUCUAUCCUGUGGUGAAUGGUAAAUGGAAGAGCUGUCAAUCUGAACGAUCAAUCCUAUCCAAGCACACUGGAACUCAAAUGAAGAUGGAAAAUACUGCAUCAUCAUUAUAGUGAAACGAUCAGAGCCCAGAUGUCUUACAGCUUUUUCAAAGCAGCAUGGAAUGCCAUGAGGAUCACCUCAAGAUCUACACUUUGUGUUAUGUUGUGUUUUGGUUUGUUUGAAUUGAGAAGACCUGCUCUUUAUUUAUUUAGGCAUUUUUGCCUUUAUUAUGACAAGACAGAUCAUAACUGACAGAAAGAGAAGUGGGAGGGAGAUCAGGAAAGAUCCUCAUGGACACCCGUAGUGCAAAGGGUGCUGUAUGUCGGCGCGCUGCCCACAAGGCUAUCGGUGCCGGUCGACCUGCUCUAAAUAAAUAUAUGUAAUCUACAAUGGUUUAGUAAUUUAAUUGUUGUUGUACAAACCAAAAUGCAGCCCAAAAGCUGCAUAUGUACUGUUUACAUGUACUUGGUAUUGUUUGACUUCUACCUGAAACAAUAAUUCUUGUUGAGACCUUUUCAAUGAUAUAUAUGAGGAAAGAAUUAUGUGUUAUGUAUGAUGCUUGACAUAUCACAUUUUAUCGCUAUAAUUUAGUGAUGUAUCUUAGUGAUUUGGUUCUUCUUCUUUUUUUAACCUUUUUCCUCUUUUAACCAACACUGAUAAUGGUGUUCUAGGUGUUUAAUGGUGUUAGGCACUGAUGUCAACCUAUUUCACCAAGGUCCACUCAAAGUCUUUUUUAACUUGCCACUGCUGUGGACUGUUUUUGUGUUUUCGAAUCAUGCUCACAUUUUUUGUGUAUUCACAUAGCAAUUGCCACAAAGGUCACCAAGUUUCGUACCAUUCUGAUAAAAUAAAAUAAUUUAAAUUUUAAUAAUGCAGUCCUAUUUUAUUGUUGCGUAGUGAAUUUCACUCUUGCCAACCUAGGGACACCAAUUAAUGUAGUGAAUUUUGCUUUCGCCAACCUAGGGAGGUGAAACAG